GUGCAAGCAUAUGCGAUCUGCAAGCAUAUGCGAUCUGCAAGUGUAUGCGCUCUGCAAGCAUAUGGGAUGUGCAAGCGUAUGCAAUCUGCAAGCAUAUGCGAUGUGCAAGCAUAUGCGCUCUGCAAGCAUAUGCGAUCUGCAAGCAUAUGCGAUCUGCAAGCAUAUGCGAUCUGCAAUCAGAUGCGAUCUGCAAGCAUAUUA